AUGUUAUUGCCAACACGUGAAGCCAUAGUAUUUGUCAAAAUGCUUCCCAUGAAUGGAGGAAAUGGCAAAAGCAGCUAUGCCAAUAAUUCACUCCUCCAGAGAAGAAUAAUAUUGGAGGUGAGGCCAUUUCUUGAGGAUUCCAUCAAAGAUGCUUUCAGCUCAGGUAUUCCCAGUUGUGUUAAACUAGCAGACUUGGGUUGCGCUUCAGGACCCAACGCUCUUUCAGCCAUUUCCGAAAUUAUACACACCAUCCAUGGGAUGUCAAAAAGAAUGAAUUGCAAGUCGCCCGAGUUCCAAGUGUUUCUGAAUGAUCUUCCGGGAAAUGACUUCAACAACAUUUUCAGUUUGCUGCCGGAUUUCUAUGAGAAGAUGACAAAAGAGGACGGCACACUGGGUCAUUGUUUCAUAACGGGAGUGCCAGGUUCUUUCUACAGCAGGAUUUUUCCGAGCAGGAACCUAGAUUUUGUUCACUCUUCUUGUAGCGUUCACUGGCUGUCUCAGGCUCCAGCUGGGCUAGAAAAGAACAAGGGACAUGUACACAUUGCGAAUGGAAGCCCUCCCACCGUCAUCGAAGCAUACACAAACCAAUUUCAGAGGGAUUUCUCAUUAUUUUUAGGCUUACGCUCUGAGGAAAUCAAACCUGGAGGGCGUAUGGUUAUUACAACAAUAAGCAGGAGUACGGAAGAUCCCUCUGGAGGAGAAUGUUGUGACCUUUGGGAGCUGCUAGCCGAAUCUCUCACCGACAUGUUGGCGGAAGUUAGCUUACCCUCUUCUGCUAACUAUACUAAAAUUUAUUGUAUUGGUUGUGAGGUUUUGAUGGCCUUUUUUAAUUUUUAUGUAGGGGCUGAUUGAAGAGGCUGAUUUGAAUUCGUUCAAUCUUGCUGUAUAUUAUCCCUCUGAGGGUGAAGUCAGGGCUAUGGUUCAAGAAGAGGGGUCCUUCAAUCUUGAUAAGCUUGUAACUUUUGAAGCCAGUUGGGACCCCUUUGAUGAAAGCGACAAGUAUAGAGGCGCACUAAACGUGGCAAAUUAUAUGAGGAGUAUUGCAGAGCCCACCUUGACUGGUCAUUUCGGAGGCACUAUAAUUGGAAAUUUAUUUGGAAGGUAUGCGGAUCAUUUGGCCAAGCAUCUUUUGAUGGAGGAGGGAAAAUACUUCUUCUUGGUCAUUUCCCUGACAAAUAAAUAAUUAGUAAUGGGAGUGGUUGCACUUGGUUUAAUACUGUUAUACAUCCAGUAUGUGCUGUAAAGAAUAUAUAUUUAGUUAUUAUAUAUUUAUAUAUGUAAUUAC